AUGGCGCCACGCGGGCUUCUCGCCUUGUUCCUCGUCGUGAACCUCCUCUCCUCCUCCGCCCUCGCCCACUACUGGCACUGGCACUGGCACCACGGCCAUCACCAUGGCUGCAGGGAGUGGGAGGAGUCCUGCGAACCACCAUCGACCUGGACUGAUCCAAGGACCCCGCCACCACCGAGCACUCCCACGACGCCUCCUCCUCCUCCGAGCACCCCCACGACGCCCCCUCCGCCUCCUACAGGCAUCGUCCCGCCUCCUCAGGCUCCGGGCACCCCCACGACGCCUCCUCCGCCGCCUCCUACAGGCGUCGUCCCGCCGCCUCCGCCGCCGACGAGCGGCGGCGGCGGCAGCAGCAACGGGACGUGCCCGGUGAACACGCUGAGGCUGGCGGUGUGCGCGAGCGUGCUGAACCUGCUCCGGCUGAACGUGGGCGUGCCGCCGGAGGACGAGCUGUGCUGCCCGCGGCUGGGGGCGCUCGUGGACCUCGACGCCGCCGUCUGCCUCUGCCUCGCCAUCAGGGCCAGCAUCCUCGGCGUCGUCGUCAACGUCAACGCCGACAUCGGCCGCCUCCUCACCUUCUGCGGCAAGGACGGCGGCGGCUUCGUCUGCUCCUCUACUUGA